GUUUCACUUUCACUUUUCUUUUCUUUUUUUCCUUGCGUCCUCCCUCUGUCUCUCAGUAAGAGCUGAGGAUAAAGCUGAAGUUUGGACUGAAGACCCUGUGACGCUCCACAGCAGACUUGAUCUGUUCUCUGGUUGGAGGAUCAGGGAUCAGAGACCUCCAUCAUGGCUAUCGCUGACCAGCUGCUGGAGCAGAUGUUCUUCUGGCUCGAGCAGAGGGAGCGCUGUGCAGAGAAGCUGAGGAAAUUGGCCAAAGAGCUGGAGUCACUCAGGGAGAAAUGCAACAUCAGGGAAUGUGUUGGAAGCACAUCAUUGGUGGUUGGAUCUGCAUGUUUGUUUGCAACCGGUGUGGCCACUUUGUUCACCGGUGGUGCAGCUGCUCCACUUUUAGUUACAACAGGAGCAGUGUUUUCAGGUGCAGGUGUCACCAUAUCUGUGACUUCUAAAAUCAUUGAGCACUUCUCAUCCAGCAAAACCAUGAAAGAGGCGCAGAGGAUAGAAGAGAUGAGCAACGAGGUUGCAGAAGAAAUCCAGAGACUGUUUGAUGAACUGAGGGCAAACAGUUCCUCUGCAGAUCCGGAUGAAGUGGACCGACACGUCUUCACUGAAAUUCUGAGAGCCAUGGCCAGAAGAAGAGGACUGCAGGGGCAGAUCAAUAUCAACAGGGUUAAUAACCAGCUGCAGGUUUCUUUUGAUACAGGACCAGGAAACACAAGGCUCAACCAGGCCCUCUUAAACCGUGAAACAAUAGUUGGAGUUGCUAUUAUUUUAACAUUUUUCUCAUUUAAGCUUAGUGGGACACAAUUUAGACGCUUUGUUACUGAAGGAGCUAAACAACUGAUCAAACAAAUAAGUACAUUUAGUGUUAUAAGACUGGACCGGAUCGUCAAAUCUGGUGCAAAAAAACUCCUCAAAAAAAUCCCUUCAAAAGUUCUUAAAGGAGGUGUCAUGGUUGUGGGAGGAGCUGUUGGACUGGCGAUUGAACUUCCUGAAGCGAUUGAAGACUGGAAAGAGCUGAUUGAGAACAAUCAUGUGACUGAAGCCAGCCAAUCACUGAGAGAUACAGCUGACGCCAUUCUAGAGACCUGCCAGACGCUGAGGGAACGGUUUGACAGAAUCAGGCAGAUGUUUGACGCGAUGGCCGUACCUCACUAGGAAAAGGUUUCCAGAUGGAAAACUGAUCCAUCUUCAGCAAUCACAGAGACAACAUUAUAAGUUACAAUCCAGCUCAAGACAAAGAAUCGUGGUUUUAAGUUUAUUUAAACCCACUUAGUGAAGGCAGUAUUUCUGCUGGGUAUCGUGUAUUCCUUUGGUGACAUCCAACUCUUGUUGUUGAGAUUGAAUGCAUUUAUUUUCACUGUGCAAGCAACCUGACAAGACAGUCGAGCUUCAAAAUUAUAUUAUCUGUUUCACUGGGGAAGUGGCAGUUAUGGUAAAAAAUUAUACAUGUGUUUGUCAGGAAGCUGUAAUUGAUCAAUACAAGUGUGACUAACGUUAUCUUUUUAUUAUCUUUAUAAACGUUUCAUAUAUUUCCUAUAGGGACAACUAACACAUUCAUUAAAUUAUCUUCAUGUUAUUGCACCAUCAGUUGCUAGGCAGAGUUGAGCUGUAACACAAACUGCAAAGUGAAGAGGAGGGACGACAUUUCAUUCUUAACUUUCAUCCAUUUCUGGGAACACAAUGUGCAGAAAUGUAUCCAUGAAAUGUGUAAAAGAAAUCUAAAUUACAGUGACAUUUGGUGUUAAAUUAUUAUUAUUAUGUGUGACACAAAGUCUUAACCAGUUAACCUGCUUCCAGUUUCUGUCCUUUCUAAGUUGCUAAAUGCAAUAAAACUUCUAUUUUCUUGUCA